GCACUUCAGUUGCUUCGCGUACGUUGAACGGUGAACAUCUAUUCCGUUUUGUUCCUUCUCAGUUGCUUGAACACGUUGUUGUAUCUCAUUUUAUCGCGUGCCCUUAUCGGAUUCUGACUACGCGUAGUUCGCGCCACCGAAUUUCCAAGUGUCGCCGUUCAAAUCCCUUCUUUACCGACCGAUGGACUCGAAACGAAGGAUUUUUGGUGAUCAGUUUUCUCGCACGCGAUGGUCGAGAAUUCCGAUAAUAGUGUAAGAUGCUUCUUCUCGAAGCAUCGUUUGUGAACGGAUCCGUGAGCCAUGAAGUGAAUCGGUGUGCAGUGUCUAGAUUCGUCGAAUGAUCGAAUCUCGUGACUCGUGGAAAGAGGUUUACGAUCGCUGGCUCGUGGCAUGUGUUGACUCGAUGGUCUUCGAGAGCGUCGAGAUGCGGAACCCGGGGUUCCUCCUCGAAGACGCCAGACAUGGAUAUAUCCAGUAUAUCAGCCUGAGCGAAUGUUACUUCGCGGGCAAGGGCGCGGCCUUGGUUUUACCUCCGAACGAAAGGGCCAGACCCUCGAGAAAGGUUUCCGCAGCAGGAUGCGACAUUCAACAGCACCUGCAAUCUAUGUUUUAUCUGCUCAGACCGGAGGAAACCCUGAAAAUGGCGGUGAAACUGGAGUCAGUGCAUCCAGGAAGGACGAGAUACCUGGUCGUAGUAUCCUGCACUGGGAGGCAGGAUGCGGAGGAGAGCUGCCUUCUUGGUAUCGAUUGUCACGCUAGGGCGACCGUUGGUCUUGUACUUCGGGUUCUGGCCGACACUGCCAUUACUCUCGACGGCGACGGAGGCUUCAGCGUCAGCGUCUGUGGUUCGCAGCACAUCUUCAAGCCAGUAUCGGUACAGGCGAUGUGGUCGGCCUUGCAGACGUUGCACAAAGUGUCGAGUAAGGCACGCGAACAGAACUACUUCCUGGGUGGGCUGUCACACGACUGGGUCAGUUACUAUGAGCAACGAAUCGAGAGCGAUCGCUCGUGUCUUAACGAGUGGCAUACUAUGGACAACCUGGAAUCUCGAAGACCACCGUCGCCGGACAGCGUACGCACCAAACCCAGAGAAAGGGACGAGACUGAGCGCGUGAUCCGAUCGACGUUGAAGGAGAUCAUGAUGUCCGUGGACCUCGACGAGGUAACCUCGAAGUACAUUCGAGGUCGUCUCGAGGAAGACCUCGACAUGGAUCUCGGGGAGUUUAAGCCAUUCAUCGAUCAGGAGAUGCUCACCAUUCUGGGUCAGAUGGACGCGCCGACUGAAAUAUUUGACCACGUUUAUCUAGGAAGCGAGUGGAAUGCAAGCAACUUGGAGGAGCUCCAGAAGAAUGGUGUGAGGCAUAUCCUGAACGUAACUCGAGAGAUCGACAACUUCUUCCCCGGGAUGUUCACGUAUUUGAACGUACGCGUGUAUGACGACGAAAAGACGGAUCUGCUGAAGCACUGGGACGAUACGUUCAAAUACAUCACGAAGGCAAAGAAAGAAGGUUCGAAAGUGCUGGUGCACUGUAAAAUGGGAGUGUCAAGAUCUGCCUCGGUAGUGAUCGCGUACGCGAUGAAAGCGUAUAACUGGGACUUCUCUCAAGCCUGGAAGCACGUAAAAGAGAAACGGAACUGCAUCAAACCUAACAACAGCUUCCUGCUGCAACUGGAGACCUAUCAGGGUAUACUGGACGCGAUGAAAAACAAAGAGAAGCUUCAGAGGUCCAAGUCGGAUACGAACUUGAAGUCUCCUACGUCGACGAAAGAUCAGUCGAAGAAAGAGGAAAAGUCUGGCAACGUGGACAAUGAUUUGCAAACUGCAUCGGGCUUUGAAUUAAAAAAGACCAGCCAGAGGCCGAAAAGUUGGUCGCCGAAUGUGAAAAUUAGCGAAACCAUGUUGCCUUCUGUUCCUCUUUCGCAGUCCCUCGAAAGCAUCGAUAAAACAGGAAGCACGGAAGUGACCAGAGAAGAAUUGCUACGGUCCAGCAACCAGAAGACCAGUAUGUCGCAAGAAGCUCGAAACGUUUUGAUGCCAUGCGGCAACGGACAAUCCUACAGCGUAUCUCAAAACAAAAUCGUCCACCUACCAGGUCCCUCGCCAGACACUCCGACCGUGAAGAACCGAAUUAGCAAGUUAGAAACGCAGCAGGGUCAAAGGAGAAAGGGAUUGGUGCUGAAUCUGACGAAUCAAUUCGAAGCAGUCAGCAGCAAGCCGUCUUCUCCGAGUUCUGAUUCAGACGGCGGGAAACCGUUGCCACAGAGUCCGAUCUCUGAACUGAACGAGAAUGGACUCGGUAUGCAGAAGCCUUCGUCGGAAGCUUCGUCUACGGUGGCAGUGAAGCAAAGCGUGUGGGAUCCCGGCGAGAAACAAAGCAAGAGAACGGAACUCGGUAGUAAUAGUGAAUGUCUAGUCUGGACUGCAUCAUCGUCCGAUGCAACAUGUACUAAUUCGUGUAGUAACGCUAAGACUAACAGAGAAGUGAGUGCGGAGAGUGAGUGUAUCGCGACAACCACGACAACGACAACGACGACAGUGUAUCCUGGUACGUUAACGCGAAAGACCAAGAAGGACGGAGACCCGUUUAGUACGCACGUUGACCGAGUGUUCGAUCGCGAAGAAAGGCAAGGCGAGCCGGUUACGAGAGACUCUCCCAGCCGACAGAGCUCUUGGAGCAGUUACGACAGUGCCGUAGUCCUCGACAACAAUUCGGUGCACAGCUCCUGGGCCACGUUGCCGUCGAGGAACAGUUCUUGGGGCUCGUACGACAUGCGGCCCUCGGAUCUGCUCGGAUCCAGUGGCCUCUUUCCUUACGACAAGGAGGAGAUACCUUGGCAUCCAGGCACAGUGAAACGUACCAAGCAAAAGCUCGAGGAGAACACCAGCUCGGGGACGGUGAAACGCGUGUGCACGCAAAAUUCCGACACGGAAGAGAAAGACAGAUUACCGGUUGAGGAAGAAUCGUACAAUCCGGUACUUCUUCACCAUACCGCGUCGCCAACGCCACGAAGGAGGGAUUCCUCGCCUAGCCAGGAACACGGUUUGAAGGUAGAUCCUGCCAGAAAUUCUCCAAGUCCUGUUAGAGGAAUAGAUAUCUCUCCAGCGUCGAUUCGUCAAGUUGGAAGACUAUCGACGAGCGCUCCGGCGCCAUCUUCUCUCUCUUCGGACUCGGACUUACCCCUAUCCUUGAGAUCCUGCAGGUCAGAGAGCGAGACAUCCAGCCCGUGCGUGGUCAACACUACUCAGUGUCUUUCGGUUAAGCAACACAAGAUGGUCUUGGAGAAUCUGAGCAACAAGUCUAUAUUUAACAAACGUUGUCUAUCGGUCGACGACUCGCCGGACACCGAGUGUCCACGAAGUACCUCCGGUAUCGUAAAGAAUCUCAAGAAGGAAUUCGAGGCGAAGUCGACGAAGCCGGAAAAGAGUCCGGAGAACAGCUUCGAGAACGACUCGCCGAUCACGGUCUGUCGGCCGAAAAGGGACGUGAAGAUCAGAAGCUUGCCCUCCUCACCGGUGAUUCCCCACAACGAAUCGAAGAUUCAAGCCCCGUCCGAGAUCAAAGAGAAAGAGAAGUCGAGCGUCGACUCGAUGACGGCUUCUCAGGACAACUUGGAAGACAGGUCGGUGAGAGUUUUGGUUGGUAAGUACGAGGUGAAACCCGAGUCCAGGAAGUCCUCGGAGAUCCAGCUGCGUGUGCACAAAGACAAGGAUUGGGAGUCGAUGGACUCGCAACACAGCAACAAGUCGAAAAUUGGUGUAGAAUAUAGUAGGAGGUCUGCACCGAUCAUGAUUAACAAUCAUUCGUCUGCUCCUCUGUUCAAUGAAGCGCCGGAAGCACCUGGCAGGCCACCAGUCCCAUCGGCUGGUGUUGUGGCAGCUAGUAAGAAGCAGCAACAGCACGGCAGGACGCAUCCUCUUUCCAGGCUGCAGGUCAGGCCUAGGCACAGCAGUCCGGUUUACAACACCAUGUAAAAAAGGAAAGAAAGGGAAACGUUUACGCGUUUGGUUGUUUCUCUCUCCCAUUGAGUCGAAUCUAAACGCUCGUACCUGAAUGCAUGGGUAUGUUGCGUUGUCGUGGCCACGAUGUGAAACUGUGUGAUCUCUAUUUGAUGCCAACGAGUCGAGGAUCGUUUCUCUUCGAGCUCGACGACUAAAUCGACGGGGACACAGGAUUUUUCUAUAGAUUCGUUUCCCACCAUCUCUUCGAUGUACAAUUCUAAUCUUUGCGAGAACGUCCUAUACUAUGCUGUGCGACGAUACGACAGAGCACCCGUAUUUUUUCGAUGCUUCUUCAAACGGACACGGUGUACAAGCUUCUCGUAUCUACCUGGCAAAGCCAUGCUUUUUGUGUGUACGUGUGUGCGCGCGCGUGCGUGUGAGAGAGAGAAAGAAAGAGAGAGAGAGAGAGAGAGAGCAAAAUCAUUUGCGAUGUUUUUGUGUUCGUUAGCUUUAGUGUUAUCGUUGGAACAAAAUUUACACGGUUUGUAUUCAUUAAUUCCUGUACGAGCAAUUAUUAAUUAUUUGCGAUGUCGAAGAACAGCCCGAAUAAUAGCUUCUGGAAACUACGUUUUGUCCAAAUUUUUAGGUAGAAAUUAAUGUGAAUUAGAAAUUAAUUGUAUUUAUCACCGCCAUCCUAUUUAAACGCUACAUAUUAUGUAUUCGUCCAGCAGAGUAUGUUCGCGUGAAAUAUUUAAUAAGCAGUUUGAUAAGCAGAUACAUAGUUGAUAAGCGAAGUGAAAAUGAAAAAGGAAGAAAGACAAAAGAGAAACGACCAGUUUCUACGUUGGUACAGAUUUCAAGGGAUAUCGAAAAGAUACAAGUGCCUUGUCCUACCGUCAACGACUGUAUACAUAUAAUUGUAGAAAGGCACGUUCAAGGUCCUUCAACGUUUUAUGUUCCUUCUUCGUCAGACGUGUCCUUGGCCUGCUCUUAAUUAGUUCAAUUAUUUUUUAAGCUGGAAAUGCAACAAUUCUCGGAGGACGCGGAAAACGCUGUUAUUCCUACGACGUGUCGUCACUUAAUAGACCUAAUAAUGGGCUUGGAAUCAAACGUGAUGUGUUGUGUAUGCGGGGAUGUUGCGCAGAAGUUGGAGCCAGCGUGUUCUUGAAUCGUGACAAGAUAGCGUCGGCUCCGGUCAGGCUGUGAACGAAAGGUCCGGACCUCGCGUUAUGUACUAAAAUAUCGCACUGACUCCUCCUUCUGCUGUCUACGUUGCGAUCGCCGAGGCGUAUGCAAGAUACAGAUUCUAUACAUAUAAAGAGACACACCUCGGAACGACGACGUGUAACGUUUAAACUGUACUGUUUAGUAUUUUAGAGUGAACGAUGUGAUUAGAAUGGUGCACAGUAUGCAAGGAGAGACGAAAGUAGCAACCGCCCCCCUCCCCCCGCCCUCCACUCCCCUUUGUCCCGAGGGGAGCUGCCUCGAAUCGUUUGAGCGAUUCGAUCGGUUCUUCUUACUCUCUUUAUACUCAUGUCAGUUUGUAUAUCGUGUGUAAAGCAUCGUCGCGCGAAUCCAAUUUCUUUCUUGUACAUUUCAUUUUCGCUUUUCAGUUCGAUCGUCCUGCCUUGUUUCUCCUUCUAUUCUUCUCUUUCUGUUCCCAUUUCUCCUCUUUAUACUCUUUGCUCCAUCUCCUCUUUUUCUUCAUCCACCAGUGACGAUAAUCGUUUAUCGAAGAUUUUACCGUAAUCGCAACUUGAGAAAGUACAAUGAGAAACGCGGCUCGAUAUCAACGUUCGUCGUUCUUAUUAAACAUAUCAUCGGACCGUUUAUUCUUAUUUGCAUUCGCAAAGCCAUGUCGACCAAUUUUAUACUACUGUCCUAAUAUCGAUGAUGAUGAUGAAGAUGAAGAUGAUUGAUGAUGAUGAUGAUGAUGAUGAUGAUGAUGAUGAUGUUGAUGAAGAUGAUUGGUGAUGAUGAUCAUGAUGAUUGAUGAUGAUUAUGAUGAUGAUGGUGAUGGCAAUGAUGAUGAUGAUAGUGAUGAUGAUGGUGAUGCUGAUGAAGAUGAUUGAUGAUGAUGAUGAUGAUGAUGGUGAUGAAGAUGAAGAUGAUUGAUAAUGAUGAUAAUGAUGAUGAUGACGACGGUGGUGGUGGUGGUGGUAAUGAUAAUGAUGAUGAUGAUGAUGAAUGCGAGGCUCAUUUUUUGAUAAGAUGCACCGCGACCACUGUGUGCGUAGAAAUAUAUUUUAUUACUGAGAUAAUUUUGCGGAUAAUUUUCUCAUACGUUUGUUCUAACCACUGUUCGUUCUUCCUCGGACGAAACAGAUCCGGGGUGUGAAACGAUCCUGAGACCGAAUGCUACUGAAAAACUGUAACACAUUAAGUUAGAAUAAAAAUGUUACAUUGCCAAUGCUGUGCUUUACGACUGAUAUUCAGCACGAAACUGAUUAUUCGUUAGAUCGUUUCCUUUUUCUUUGUGGCUUCACGGUGAUAUUCUUUUCGAGCUGCGUGUACCAUCGGUGGCUCGUAUCGUUAUUUUCGAAAAUUUGAUCGAAUAUCGGUGUUGUGCGUGACGUUAAACGCUGGAACGUACCAGUCGACUUAAAAAUUAUUAUUUUCGCUAACAGGAAUUAUUUACUUGUAAAGAUAAAAGAUAGCUGUUCAACGUCUUCAGGGACAGAUAUCCCUCGAGACGUUAAAGACUAAGAGUAACGAGUAUAUUUCAAAGAAAUGACAAGAAAAGGAAGCUCUGGUGUUUCUAGCGUUAAUGUGCUAAACUAAUUUAUAUAAUUUAUACAAUUCCGAUACGGAACGAACAAAAAAUUUCUCUUCGUAAAUUAUCUUCAUGAUGAAAGAAAUAAAGAAAAUCUGCGCUGUUCGAAUUAUACUAUUUCUUAAGCGCGUAUCUAGCAUCUAAUUAUGUUGUUGUAAUUACAAACUAGAGAAAGAAAACAUCGAUUCGCUUUCGUGGCAGAGUUUAAUUUUCACGGACGAGACAUAGAGCGACCGAAGAAAGAUCGAACGAUCAACUUGGUUGCGCGUCUAUCUCGAAUAUCCGCUUGCCAGCACAGAACGCAAGUUGUGGUACGACGGAGAUGGUCCUCGUUUUCUUUGCGUGCUUUGGGUUUAUCGGGCCAAUGUCCAAGCUGUACGUACCACCUCUUAAAUUCCUGAUCAUCGCCAACGUCUGUCGAAAAAAUAAUCGUCGUCGUCAUCAUCUGCGUAACGAGUAUACUCGACGGAAGGGAUAUAGUCAGGUUAUUUAAAAACACGACGUUUUUUUUAUCCUUACGAGCAUGCGAAAGUUUCACGAUGCGUUGAUCAUAUCUUGUUCGACUUACUAAUUGUCAACUUUUUUCAGCGAAUUAUUAUGUAAUUCUAUAGGUUUGAUUUUCAUUGGAUCGAUCGAAAUCUAUUUCUAAAAUAUCGGAUGUACAGAGUGUUGGCACUUUGAUUUUAGUUGAAUUUUGGCAAAGUGAUCGUUUUUAAAAAUAAUUUUAGAUUUCAUGCGAUAUGAAGAGACCAAAACUAUUUUCAAAUUUAUACCUGUUAUCGUUUUUAUGUUACGUGUUACGUAGAUGUGUGAACGAAGUGUGUAAUAUAUGAAAGUGCCCAAUUUUCCAAAAGUCUGAAAUCCUGGUGCACAUUUAAUGUUUUAUAUACUAUCGUCUUAUUUAUUGCUGUAUACUAGAAAAUAUGGAAUAUCGACAGGAGGCUUUCGAUACUUUGAAAACUUCCGAUUCUUUCGGAACUUGCGAUUAAACUUCGAAGACUAAACAGCCUUAAGAAUCAAAGCAUGUUCGAAGUGUUCCGAUUUUAUGCCGCGUGUAUAUACACAUGCAUAUGUGUAUAUUCAGAACGCAUCGCUAUGGUUCUGAAUUUAGACGCAGAUUGAUAUUUUAAUUUACGACUUGACUAUAUCGUUUCUACCGUUUCGACUGUGCACUGCGAGCGAACGAAAUCCGUAUGAGAAAUCUGUAUUUACGGCGUGAGAUCGCAAGUCGAUCACUCUGAAGAGAUUGGUAUCCGUGCCACCGCAAGCGAUGAACAUGUUCGACACGUAUUUGCCACAGUAGAGCAGGGAAGGAUAGCUGUCGGGUUCCAAGGAAGCGAGCAACUUUCCGCUACCGUAGUCCCACAAUUGUAUGGGAUUCUCUCUUUGCCACGCGCACGACAAAAUCUGUUCGUAAUAUAGUUGUUUGUUAAUAAAAAUGAAAAAGUGAAGAGAACACCCGCAACGUCUGAUUCCUAAGCGAAAGAUUAGCAUGUGUAGCGUAUUCUAUUCUUUUAAUAAUUUCUAAAGUAUCUUCUUACACGUUACGUUUUAUUUUUCGUUCGAACACCUUUCGUUUAGGUGGUAAACCAAGAGGUUGAGAAUUACAAGCGAGAGAUUGUUGCAUGACGACGGCUUAAUCCCGGUAGGGUGAGUGUUGGGUCAAUUUGGCUCAUUCUUUUUCCAGUAUGUAUAUAGAAAUUUUGAUGUUACACGUUGAAAAAUUUGGCGAUUCUUUUGUUAAUUUAAAAGAUGCGUUCCUUUUAUCUUUUUAUGCAAAUUAUCUAUUUCUAAUUUAGCUAUCUCUCUAAACAGUAUUAAUGCAUUUUUGCUUUCUCGCGUUGUUGGAACGAUAUUCAAAUAAUUUAUGGAUAAAUAUUUCGAAUUUUUGUAUCCACUUUGACAGAAUUACGAUGUAUGAUUUUGUAAACCGGAGAAAGACUAUAGCUGCUUUUUCGACGCUAUGUUACUGCCAAACAUAAUUGCACUCUUUGUUACGUAGAACUGUGGAUUUUGGUGCGAUAAAUCAAUUUUUCUCGUUGAUGUGUACGUAAAACCAAACUAUUGUUAAAACGUGAUCGCUGACGAAUAAAUCGAACAAGAGAUUACA